AUGCAUCAACAAAAUUUGUUUUCUCGGAAUAGAUCUGAAGCUUCUCAAGCUAUAUCUGGGUCCUUUGUUUUUCAACCAUCACUUAUAUCUGAUCAGGAUAAUGAAGUUAGAGGAAUAAUUCAUCUUAGAGGAGCUCCCUCAGAAAGAAGAGUAAGAUUUGAUGAAACUGCUAUUGAUAACGAAGGAAUGGGAAAGAAGAAAUCUAAAAUAUGUUGUAUUUAUCAUAAACCGCGAGAAUAUGAUGAGUCAUCUAGUGAUACUGACACUUCUUCAUCUGAAUCGGAAAAUCACAAAAAUUCUUAUCCCAAUAAUUAUGAAUGUUUUGGUAGAGAUAUGGAACCUAAUUGUGGGAACCCACAAUUAUAUGAUAAAGUUAAUAAACAUUUAAAUGCCUAUGAAACCUAUCCAAAAAAUAGGAAAACAUCUUAA